UAGAAGUACAUCGUGCUAGGGAGUCAUGGGAUUGCGGAAGUAGCUAUGAUUUUGAAGACUUUUUUCUUCCCCCUAGCAGAUAGUGUAUUUCGAAAGCAAAGGAUAGUACGCAGGGCAGUCUGCAAUGGCACAGAGGACAUCGUGAAAGGCAAAUUCUUCUACGCUGUGAGGAAAGGAUUCAAACCUGGCGUUUACAAAACUUGGGAUGAAUGUAAGAGCCAAGUUGACAAGUUCCCAUAUGCCAGCUACAAGAAGUUUGCAGCAGAAAAGGAUGCCUGGGCAUUUGUCAGAAGCCUAGCAACAUCGAUAACGCCAGACGUGUCAAAGGGAGCCAGCUAUGAGGCAACACUCCCUAGAAGAGCACCGGAGGCCCUUGAGUACAUACCCAUUGGUCAGAAGAGGCACUAUGAUCACAUAGACGAGGAGGAGAUGUCCCCUGCCAAACAGAGUCAAUACAGCAGCCCAUCUUCAAAAAGCUCUGAUGGAUUCACCUACAUUGGUGAUGCAGUGGUGGUGUACACAGAUGGUUGCUGUUCAGGCAAUGGGAAGGCCGGGGCCCUAGCUGGCAUCGGAGUGUACUGGGGACGUGACCAUCCUCUGAAUGUAGCUGAACCACUGGAUGGAAGACAGACCAACCAGAGAGCCGAAUUACAGGAAACAUGUAAAGCCUUGGAGCAGGCCAAAGAGAUGAACAUCAAGAAGUUGGUGCUUUAUACAGACAGCAAGUUCACCAUAAACGGUGUCACCAGCUGGGUGAAGAACUGGAAGCUGAACAACUGGAGGCUCAACUCUGGUGGCUCCGUCAUCAACAAAGAGGACUUUGAAAAACUUGACAUGCUGAAUGAAGAGCUGGAGGUUGUAUGGUUGCACAUCCCGGGCCACGCUGGGUACCUAGGAAACGAGGAGGCCGACAGGCUGUCCAGAGCGGGAGCAGCGAAACACUUAGAUUAGCCAAAGGAAGAUCAUCUCGUUUACUGCUCCUGGGCAGUUCAUUCAACAUUUGGAUUAUGGUUUUGAAUGGAAUAUGGGAAUGAUUAUAUUGUCUGUUCUGUUGGGCUUCCAUGUUCUAAAUGUUAUGAAAUAA